AUGGCGUUGAAACCCAAGAGAUUAUUUUCCUCCACUACGGACUCUAGUGGCAAUGGCGAAGUAGAGUUCGUGACGGAUCAUAGCGGUAAUGCUAAUCCAAACGAUGACUCGCAGAAUCCUGCCGACAUCAAAGAGGAAUUUGAAAAAGUGGAAAAGUCUCACCAGUGGGAUCCAAACCUGCCCCGUGAAAAGAUCGAUGCUAUUCAUGAAGCGAAAAGAACGGAUGAUGUCGAGACAAUUACUCGUGUUGAUAAGGACUUCCUUGAGGACUCGCCAUAUCCAGAAGUUCGCGCCGCCGUUCGAAAUACGGAUGGCGGAGAAGUGGCAAAUACCGUUCGCGCAUGGAUAUUAGGAAUUUUCUUUGUAACAGUGGGAAGUGGGCUGAACAUGUUUCUCAGCAUGAGGAGCCCAGCAAUUACCUUUCCUUCAAUAGUUGUUCAACUGCUGGUAUAUCCCAUUGGAUGCUUUUGGGCAAAGGUUGCUCCGCGAACAGUAUUUCAUACAUUUGGUCGUAACUGGACAUUAAACCCUGGUCCAUUCUCGAUUAAGGAGCAUGCAGUGAUAACAAUCAUGGCAAACAUAUCCCUCGACUAUGCGUAUAGCACGGAUGCUCUCCUCGCCCUCCAAGGAAAGCCAUUUUUCGAUGUAAAUCUUGGAUGGGGAUUUUCACUGCUUUUUACUCUGAGUAGCCAGAUGAUAGGAAUGUCUCUUUCUGGUAUCUUUCGGAGAUUUCUCAUUUGGCCUUCGGCUAUGAUUUGGCCCGUUGGGUUUUCAAACACAUCCCUAUUCUAUGCUUUACAUGACAAACGGCCGUCUAAUCCAGAAGAGACCAAUGGGAUUCGACCAAAGAGCCCAGUGAUCAACCAGCUGUUCGGCGGCUUUACUGGGCUAUCGUUAAUACCCCUCACAUUUGAUUGGACAUAUAUCUCGAGCUACCUACUGAAUCCUUUACUCUCCCCGACACAUUCACACCUCAACACCCUGAUUGGCCUAGGUAUUUUCGUUAUCAUCACCUCUAUCGGUAUUUCGUACUCAGGCGCAUUAUACGCGGAUUACCUCCCAAUUAAUACAUCCUCGAUAUUUGACAACACUCAAAAUUUUUACAAUGUGUCACGUAUCUUGGGCCAAAGCUUCUCCUUUGACCUUGAAAAAUAUAAAACGUACUCUCCCCUGUUUCUCCCGCCAACGUUUGCCUUGAACUAUGGCCUAUCAUUUGCUGCUCUCACCGCUAUUCUAGUCCAUAUUGUACUAUUUCACGGCAAGGAGAUUGUCUAUCGGGCCAAGGCAGCGAGGAACCAGGAGCCUGAUAUCCACAUGAAACUAAUGUCAAAAUAUGUGGAGUGUCCUGAAUGGUGGUAUGCGAUAUUACUGGCAGUCUCGCUUGCCCUGGGCCUAGCGACAUGCGAAGCCUAUCCAUCUCAACUGCCAUGGUGGGCUUUCUUUGUUGCCACUAUUCUAGGCCUUGUAUUUGUUGUCCCAACGUGCAUGCUGAUAGCCAUUGCAAACAUAUCACUUGCUCUUAAUGUCCUUUCUCCUUUUAUUGGGGGGUUCAUGCUACCAGGAAAAGCCAUUGGUGUCAUGGUGUUCAAGGUUUACGCGACGAACACCCUUGGGCGAGCACAAACAUAUAGUCGAGAUCUGAAGCUGGCACACUAUAUGAAAGUCCCACCAAGAACAACUUUUGCAUGUCAGGUGGGUGCAACUAUUUGGGCUGUCUUUGUCCAAAUCGCUGUUAUGAACUGGACACUUGGAAAUAUUGAAAAUGUUUGCACGCCUGCUCAGAAAGCCCACUUUACUUGCCCCAAUGGCAAAACGUUUUUCUCAUCGAGUAUUGUUUGGGGCGUCAUCGGGCCAAAACGUAUGUUCGGACCUGGGUCAAUAUACUCGUCGAUACAGUGGUACUGGUUACUUGGGGCUGCCUUGCCACUUAUCUUUUAUACACUUAUUCGGCUAUUUCCUCGGUCACCAGCCAGGCUUCUGAAUGCUCCAGUAAUGCUGGGGGCAAUGAAUUGGAUACCACCUGCCACACCGCUCAGCUUUUCCUCUUGGGCGAUUGUUGGCUUGAUUUUCAAUCACUGGAUUCGUCGCAGGUGGUCAGGUUGGUGGCAUCAAUACAACUACGUGACGGCUGCAGCGCUGGAUUCUGGCCUUGUUAUUGCAACAAUCAUUAUAUUCUUUUCGAUCACAUUUCCCAAUGUUAGCACCCCGGAUUGGUGGGGAAAUACUGUCCCAUAUGAGACGGUGGAUUAUACCUACAAAGCCAUACGAAAGGUAGUGGCAAAGGGCGAAACAUUUGGCCCUCCGAAAUGGUAG